UGUGAUUGCGUGAGCAGGAAGUGGUUGGUGACCGCGGCGUACGUGCUGAGGAGGUCGCCUGCGUGUCACCGUUCGCGAAAGAGCCUUUUACCCACGCUGUGUGACUAAGGACCGCACCGCUCCCUCCGUUCCAUCAUGACGGACAGGAUGCUUGACAGUGGCGACACUGCACCCGCCACAGAAAUCACUCCAUUGCAGAUUCUUCCAGAAAAGGCUGAGGUCCCAGACGUGGACAAAGCAGAGUCCCAUCAUUCAGGAAGUUGGAGCUUAUUCCCACCGAGAGCCACCAUGGACGUUCCCAUGGUCACUCAGCCUGGCCUGGGCAUGACCACCACGACCGUGACAACCAUCACCCAGACGGGAGGAGCCUGGAGCACAGGCCUGUUCCACGUGUGUGCGGACAUACCCACAUGUGUUGUUGGAGCUUUGGUCCCCUGCUGCCUGGACCUGAGUUUGGCUCACCAGUAUGGAGAGUGCCUCUGCCUGCCCCUGCUCCCCGGAUCCACCUUCGCCAUGCGCGUCGGGAUCAGGGAGAGGUUCAAAAUCCAGGGCAGCGCGUGUGAAGACUGGACCACCGUGUACUGCUGCUACCCCCUCGCCGUCUGUCAGAUGAUCCGCGAGAUGAAGACGAGGAUGAGGAGCCAGAUUUACCAGGUGUCCACCACACUGCAGAGCUCCUGAGGAUCUACGGCAGGGGGGUCCGAUCCUGACCCAAAGGGGUUUUUAAAAGUGUUUUAGCCUGGCUCAACGUCACCUGAUUCAACUGGUUAACUAAUCAUGGUCUUCGGUCAAGAUCUUGAUGAGUACAAUCGGGUGUGAUUAGUGCUGAGCUAAAACAAAAACCUGCACAAACAACAGGCCUUUUUGGAUCAGAUUGGACAUCCCUGGUCUACAGCAACACGUCAGAGAUUUCAAGGGUUUCUUUUUUGGGUGGUGGGGAGGGGGGGUUGACUGUGGGGAGUCCACUUAGCCGACAGCAUUUUAUCUAGUGUUUUUCUGGUUUUUUUCCUCCCCUUUGGGAAAUGUUUUGGAUCUUUUCCAGAUGACCCGAGAGCGAAUUCCCAUUUGGGGAAUGAAAGCAGGUGUUCCUCCAGAUGUCACUUUGAGACGUGAUGCCAUUUAUGUUUAGAAAUGAAGGCUUAGUAUGAAAAAUACUGUGAACAUUGCUGAUCUUUUUCUGCCAAAAAAAUAUAAUGAAAGGGUUUUUUUUUUUUCUUUAACACAAUUUUUCUGUCUUUUUUUAAAAUAUUUUACUCAUUACUAGUUCAUGCACGAUUGCUGAGCAUAUGGAACAGUACUUUAAUGAUUAUGGCCACUUGGUUUGUGGUGUCUAAUGUGGCUUAAUUAAGCAGAAGGACUGGAGUUUAUAGUGAUGAGAAUGGACCCUGUAGCCCAUCUGGGCUCAUCAGUGACACCAUAAAAACAUCCCAGUGUUGAUAUCAGACCCAGUUCACAGCAAAUCUCAUUGAAUCUAGCCCUGUUUCCAGUUAGGCCCCCUCCACCACCUCGCACAACAUUAUGGUUGGUCUAACUCACUGAUGUUCUCUCUCAUGGUCUAACUCACUGGUGUUCUAGUGAGGCCUGUAGCGGCCUGUAGCGUAGUGGUUAAGGUAAAUGACUGGGACACCCAAGGUCGGUGGUUCUAAUCCCGGUGUAGCCACAAUAAGAUCCGCACAGCUGUUGGGCCCUUGAGCAAGGCCCUUAACCCUGCAUUGCUCCAGGGGAGGAUUGUCUCCUGCUUAGUCUAAUCAACUGUACGUCGCUCUGGAUAAGAGCGUCUGCCAAAUGCCAAUAAUGUAAUGUAAUGUAAUGUUCUCUCUACUGCCCAUGCCAACCCUGUUCCUGGAGAUAUACCAUCCUGUAGGUUCUCACUCCAACCCUAACAAAUCACACCUCAUUCAACAGCUAGAGAUCUCGUUGAGCUGCUAAUUAGUAGUGGAGUUGGGUGUGCCAAAUUAUGGUUGAGCUAUAAACGUACAGGACCGUAGGUCUCGGAACAGGGUUGGGCAGCCACUCCAUAGCUUCUAGUGAGCAUCCUGGCUGCUAAUAUGACCAUAACCAUUACAUUACAUUAGCAGACGCUCUUAUCCAGAGCGACGUACGACAAAGUGUAGAUCGAACAGGAACAAGUGUGAAGAGGACCCUAGAGGACAGUUUGAUGCUGACUCACUCUUCACAAGCGGCCCAUUUGUCUUUAGUGAUGGUGAAGCCUGACCUUGACUUUGCAGUAAGACUGACUGUGACCACGCCAGGUGGGGACGGUCUGGGUACUGACCUUGACUUUGCAGUAAGACUGACUGUGACCAGGCCAGGUGGGGGCGGUCUGGGUACUGACCUUGACUUUGCAGUAAGACUGACUGUGACCAGGCCAGGUGGGGACGGUCUGGGUACUGACCUUGACUUUGCAGUAAGACUGACUGUGACCAGGCCAGGUGGGGGCGGUCUGGGUACUGACCUUGACUUUGCAGUAAGACUGACUGUGACCAGGCCAGGUGGGGGCGGUCUGGGUACUGACCUUGACUUUGCAGUAAGACUGACCGUGACCACGCCAGGUGGGGGCGGUCUUGGUACACAUCCAAGCCCCGAGUCAUUUUCGGAGCGGCCAGAUGUAGGCUCGGAGAGCCAAGUGGUUCGCGGGACCCCCGGGCGCAGUUCCGGAACAUUCUUCCCUCUCUCCGCUCCGCGCCCCAGGUCGUCACGGGGACGGCCGGCCCAGCUGUGGCCCUCGGCCCUCCGAGCAGCAACACGGGACACUGAAACAACACCGCAUUAAUCCAGGAACGAUGAGAUUAUUUGAGAGAUCUGUGUAAUCUUUUCCCGCACAUAAUUACUGUGAGUAUCCAGGCAACCGCUGUGCAAAGCGCAAGCCAUUAUCUUUUUUUAUUACAGUGGCAUAAAGACUGCGGACGGCUAAGUACAAUAGAGAAUGGCACGGUUAGGCGUUUAUGUGUGGAGCAAGGAGAGUCUGCUAAUACAAUGAUCCAAAUCGAAUGUUCUUUCAGAGCCUUCCAAAGGGUCUCCGACAAAACCGUUAACUGUGACACUGGCCCACGUUUUCUGCUAGAAACGCUGUGAUAUUUGGGUGGUAAUUAUUCUUCAUUGUGAGCUGAUUCAGACCGCAGUGUUUGAAGUGUUGGGAGGGGGGGGAAAGAAAAUCUCUGCUUGUGAUUUCAUGAAUGUUUCUCAUACGCUUACAAAUGCCUUGCAGCUAUGCAUUUCCAACAUGUGUGGACUGUUCAUUAAAUGAUUACUGUUUACCGAA